AUGGCAUCAUUUGCUCGAACUAUACAUGGUGGAUCAACACCAACACGUGAAUUGAUUAAAAAUAUUGAUUUAUAUCGUCAAUCAUCAAUUUAUGUUUCAUCCACAUCAUUUCCCGCAUCAGGAAAAGAAUAUAUCAGUCGAGUAUUUUCUUCACCACGUGAAAUUACGUUUAAUUAUCGAAACGGUUUACAUAAUAUAAAAUUACAUCAAGAAAUUACAUCACCACCAUCUAGUUUCUUUCAGAAAUGGCCAAAUUCAUCUGAAUCUAAUUUUUUAUUUUACAAGACUUUGUUUUUUGAUAAUUUACGAUUCAGUGCCGAUGAUUUUACAAUAAUUUGA